UCAUGAAUUUAUUGUCGAAAUCGUCGGAAUUUCGUUCAUUUCCGUUUCUCAUUUUUCACUUUCAUCUGUCUGCACUCCCGAAUAUCCGUCGCUGAAAUAAGAAGAUUCUUUCACAAACAUCCUCAAUAUUUUCCAUUGUCGCUUCAAUUUAUUUUCAAUCGAGGGUUUCGGCGUAAUCGUUUCGAAUUUUGUUAAAUUUGAAUUUCGGAGCUAUGCUUUUGGGCGUGUGUUGAGUGUAUCAAUCAUCAAACAAUGGCUCUAACUGGUUCCUUGCAACUAUACCCGUCGUUGGGGAUUUGCAGGAGCCAAGAGCGAGGCGAACAGUUCAAGUAUGUUACAGGAAGAGGGAAUCGACAUUUGCUUUCAACUACCUUGUCUUCAUUUGCUUCAAGACAAGAUUCUUGGAGUCAUCGGUUAUCAUCUAGUGUAAAAAGACCAAUAUGUAGCGUGCCUUACAGGUGUAAUGUCACCAAAUGCCAUGCUUUUCUAUUUUUGGGUCAAAAUGUUGCAAUUCCUAGCAUGGAUGCUGCGACGGUGGCAUUGACAAGGUCAUGCAAUGCUUUACAAGGUAGUCCCCUUGUUAAUAAAUUGGUUCCAGCUGUUGGCAUUAUCAUAUUCACUCUGUGGGGUUUGAGGCCACUGAUGCGAAUGAGCAGAAGUAUUUUCUUACAGAAAACUGACAGCAGUUGGAAGAGAAGUACAACAAACUAUGUUUUGACAUCUUAUCUUCAACCUAUAUUGCUGUGGACUGGCGCAUUUCUUAUUUGCAGGGCUUUGGAUCCAGUCGUUAUGCCUACAGAUGCUGGUCAGCUUGUGAAGCAACGAUCUCUGAAUUUUGUGAAGUCACUUUCAACUGUGCUGGCAUUCGCUUACUGUUUAUCGAGUGUGAUUCAACAAGUUCAGAAAUACUUGACUGAGACAAAUGAUUCGUCCGAUGCUCGAAAUAUGGGUUUUCAAUUUGCUGGGAAAGCUGUAUACUCUGCAGUUUGGGUUGCAGCUGUUUCAUUGUUCAUGGAGUUGCUGGGCUUCUCUACUCAGAAGUGGCUGACCGCGGGAGGCCUUGGUACUGUGCUGCUGACACUUGCUGGUCGUGAGAUAUUUACAAAUUUCUUGUCAAGUGCUAUGAUCCAUGCUACACGACCAUUUGUAGUGAAUGAAUGGAUUCAGACAAAAAUUGAAGGGUAUGAAGUCUCGGGUACUGUUGAGCAUGUGGGAUGGUGGUCACCUACGGUUAUAAGGGGUGAAGAUCGUGAGGCUGUCCACAUCCCUAACCAUAAGUUCACUGUGAAUGUGGUGAGAAACCUCAGUCAGAAAUCUCACUGGCGAAUCAAAACGCAUCUUGCAAUCAGUCACCUUGAUGUUACUAAGAUUAAUAAUAUUGUUGCUGACAUGCGCAAAGUCUUGGCCAAGAAUCCUCACGUUGAACAGCAGAAGCUUCAUAGAAGAGUAUUUUUGGAAAACGUCAAUCCUGAAAAUCAAGCUCUUUUGAUAUUGAUUUCCUGUUUUGUGAAGACAUCUCAUCAUGAAGAGUACCUGUGUGUUAAGGAAGCUAUAUUGUUGGAUCUUUUGACAGUUGUUACCCAUCACAGAGCCCGUCUGGCCACACCGAUCAGAACUAUACAGAAGUUCUAUAACGAGCCUGAUUUAAACAGCAUGUCAUUUUCAAGCUCAUUCUACACUGGUGGUGCACCUGCGUCUAAACAUACAAUGCUUCUGGUUGACUCUGCUUACAAGAUAAAUGGAGAAGAUAAGUCAAAAUCUCAGGCUCGUACAGUGCGUGGAAGUGGAGAGCAAGACAUUCGUGGCACAGGUGACCAAAAGACUGAUGACAGUAAAGUCAAAGGAACAUCAGCACCUGACUUGGAUACCAAAGAAACAUUAAAACCAGGCAAUUCAGGAUUGAAGGGUGAAAGCAAGGAUUCCGUGGCUUCCAAAUUAGAUCGAAAGGCUGAUGAUAAAGGUGCUGUAAAAUCUACAUCUAGACCCAACUCUGAGUUAGAAAAAGACACAACAGGUAAUGGUGUAAAACACACAGGCGCUAAAACUGCAGGAUCAGUGAGGAACUCAGAGAAAGUAGUACAGAAUUUGAAGACUGAAACUCAUGGUACCAAUGACAAAACAAGCGACUCUCAGUCGAAACAGGUUGAGAAAACUGAAUCAUCCAAACUGAAUUCAACUGCCUUGGAUGAGAAUAUAGUUCUUGGGGUUGCAUUGGAGGGGUCAAAGAGAACCCUGCCUAUAGAGGAAGAACUUGAUCCACCUUCUAUUCCAGCAGAGGCAAAAGAACUAGCUGCACAGAGUAGUGGAGUUGGGAAUUCGCCUGCAGAGAAGGAUGACAAAGACAAAUAGGAAGACAUAUUUCCUACUUCUGACCUAUGCUUUGCGCAACAUAAUUCCUAAAAGCUUCUUUCGAGCUUCAUUUCCCGUUGUAAAUUGCUAAAGAAAUAGUUUUACUUUAACCAUUUCAUGGCCAGUUGGGUGUGGUAUUUGUUUAGCACCGAACUGGCAGGUUAUAGAGUGUUGAUAUGCAAUUAUUAGAAUUGAAUCGACAGUUAUAUUCGUUAUUGUUAAGAAGGGAUUCACAAUUAUGGUCUUAUUGAGAUGGCACAUUUUUGCUUGAA